AGCUGUCGUUCCGCCCCUUUUCAUCAGCGGUUUGACAUUAGCGUUACGGCAGCUAACGCCGUUAUCCAAACACAAUUUAUAUUAAGUUACUUAAACCUAUUUGUACCGGGUGCAACCCACUCAUCUAGGGUUUAUUAUAUUAUUCCCCAUACAUGUUAGUGUCAUGGGGGUUACUUAACUAACUUUAACCAGAUAUUUCGAAUGAUAAAAUCGAAUGACACGUCACAUGCAAGGGACCACCUUUCCUCGGGAUGACUUAUUUCAUCUUAAAGUAUUUCAUCUUAUAAAACAUAAUAGCAGAUACACUGAGACAAUAACCCGCUAGGCCGAAUUAAUCGAGUUUAAGGGGGACCCGGAGUGCCCCAGGCCGAUGAGCCGAACACAGAUAAUCCCACCGAGCAAACAUGGCGGGUGAUAAGGAUCCUCUGAAACAGCUGAAGGACCUGACGCAGCUCAAACAUCAGCUGGAGGAGAUCCAGAGGCGAGUGGAGAGCGAGGUCUCUGUGGGGAUUCCACAGGGGAGCUCGGUGUUGGCGUCUCCGUUUCUGAAGGGCUUUCUGGCCGGCUACGUGGUGGCCAAGCUGCGCUCCUCCGCCUUCCUGGGAGUGCUGCUGGGAACCAUCACCGGCAUCUACGCCGCACAGAACUAUCAAGUGCCCGACAUCGAAAGGACCGUGAAGGAAUAUGUGAACGGCUUUAAAAAAGGACCAAGAUAAUCUGGGCUGACUGCUGGUCUCGUCAGUGACAUAAAGGGCACAAGAGUAGGAAUACUGACCAAACUGCCUUCAGGAUGUCCUUGCAGACUGAACUAUGGAUACAAUGAACUGCAAUUUCAACAAGGAGUCAAAGUAAAAGCCUGAUGUUUUUUAUUUGCGUAUUUUCUCCUGGGUUCAGUUGAACACUGCUGUUGGGAUGCAACGUGUGAUGUGGAACACACCUAAUGGAAGGUCUUAGUGUUUGGUCCAUCAUGUUUCCUAACUUGCCUGCUUGUUUGAGCAUGUAUGUGUAAAACAGGCAGUUAUUCCCUCAUACACCCCUAUUGUUCCGCUCGAAAUGCAUAAUCAGUUAUAUAAAGAUAUGCACAAGCAUUUUAAAUAGGUAUUUAAAUACUGAAGAUUAAUUUAUUUUAAAAAGCCAAAAGCAAGUUUUUUUUUUGGUUUUGUUUUGCACUAUAACAAGUAUUAAGGUUGUGAGAAAUUGUGUAUUUUGAAUCAUCGAGGAUGAUUGUGAUCCAGAACGCGGGGCCCAGUUCCCCAGCUAGGAUCAGGAGGCCGGUGUUGAAAAGGACCGUGUGGGGGGUCCUCUUGGCGCUGAUGGUCCUCAUCUAUGGCUCUCAUGCGCCACUCCUCACCCUCACCAAGGUGGACGGUCACGUCCCUUUCAGCGCCUCGUCAUGCGUCGUAAUGAUCGAGCUACUCAAGCUCCUGAUCUCUCUGGUGACUCUGGUUUCAACUGGGGGAACAUCCGCCUUACUCGCGGCUCCAUCUUUGGCCCGUGUGGCCCCCUACGCGGCCCCUGCCGUGCUCUACGCCCUCAACAACAACCUGGUAGUUGUC